AUGACCCAACAGCAGAGAAUACUAAAUCACGAAAUGCCUCCAGACGAGUGUGUUGAUAAAGCGGAUAAGUAUGGAUCAGAAUACAGGGGAACUGUAUCUGUCACAAAAUCAGGACUCGUCUGCCAGAGAUGGGACUCUCAAUCACCUAAUGUACACAGAAGAACUCCUGAGCGUCACCCUGAUUCAGGACUGCAAGAGAACUAUUGCAGAAAUCCAGGCGGUGUGAAUAUUCGAGGCAUCUGGUGUUUAAAUGGUGAGGGAACUGAUCCUGUGUUGGAAUUAUGUGAUAUACCUACAUGCAGUGGAGCUGACGAAACUGAAGGAGAGGAGGAAGCUGAGGGCGAAGAAAUAAGUAGCUCCCUUGGCAUGUCCAUCCCCGCUCUUCCUCUGGCCUUUGCUAUCCUGCGUUUAUAAUCGCUUAAACACGGUCGAUAUCACGGAAACAUAUGACUCCGACAGUGCUCUUCAACUAGACCUGAACGCUUUGGUUGACUUGGUUAUAUCAACUUAUUAAGAUGGAACUCAUUUCAUUAUUUGAAGCAUUAUAAGACUUUUUACAAAUCCUCAAAUAAUUUUACCCCAAAAGUCAGAAACAUAGAAUUCAGAUUAAAUGGCUUAAUUUCGUGAAUCUUUUAAUCAUU